CUCAUGGGCCUCUGCGUGUUGUGUGUGGGAGUGUAUGCGGAAGUGGAAAGGCAGAAGAAUCGCACCCUGGAGGGUCUCUUUCUGGCUCCCGCCGUGGUGCUCAUCCUGCUCGGCCUGGUGAUGUUCACUGUGUCCGUAGUGGGAAUGGUUGGAUCCCUCAGAGACAACAAGACCCUGCUGCACAUGUUCCUCUGCGUUCUGUGUGUGCUGCUGCUCCUCCAGGCAAUCACUCUGGCCAUGGCUCUCAUCUUUGAAAAGAAGACAGUGGCCCUGUUUCAGAGCACCAUGAGGGAAGGAAUUAAACACUACUACGAUGAUCUUGACUUCAAAAACAUCUUGGACUAUGUCCAGCAAAAGUUUUCCUGUUGUGGAGGGGAUGAAUAUAAGGACUGGGGAGUCAACCAGUACCAUUUCUGCAAUGGGACCAGUGCACUGGCCUGUGGGGUCCCAUACACCUGCUGUGUUCGACUCAAGGUGGGAGAAGUCCCUAACACCCUGUGUGGCUACAACACUCUGAAUGAACAGCGUGAAACCCUGCAUGAGGUGAUCAAUGUGCGUGGCUGCAUCCAUGCAGUUAACCUCUGGAUGAGUGACAACAUUGGAAUAACCAUCGCCCUCUGCUGCGCCAUCGGACUGCCACAGCUGCUGGGCAUCAUCCUGAGCUGCGUCUUCUGGAACCUCCUGGUGGACAUGAGCCAGUCGGCCGACAUGGUGGACUUCAAGCUGAAGAAGUCCGAGUUCGAGUACAGCGAGCUGGACCUGGCCGGCGCCGGCUGGUGCCUGUGCCUGCCCAGGGACGGCGGCUACCUGCCGGUCCCCGCCUCUGAGCCCGAGCUCGACCCCAUUGACAUUCACCUGCAGAAGCUGAAGAAGCAGCCGCCUCGCACCCACGCCCAGCUGAGAGAACUGCAGCAGUCCAGGUCGGCCAGCGGCCUGGACGAGGUGGACGUGGGCCGGAAGCAGAAGAGGGAGCACUGAGCGGUCGCCUCCAGACGGUUUUUGCCUUUUACGUUUCUGCCUUCUUUUUUAUUUGUGGUUGUGAUUGAUUACAUUUGUUUAGGUUUCGUUGCACUACUCCAUGUUGAAGGUAAGUGAUCCAGUAAGCGGGGAUCAGAACAACUUCGCACUUUGAAUUAAUUUUAAACAGAAAAUUCCUUUGAUUUAUUUAUUUUUUAUCCGUCAUUUCAUAUCUUUCUAAGCCUUGACUGAGCGACGGCUCAUGUGCUAAAAGCUUACCUCAGGCUAUUUGAAAGUAGCCCAGUAGUCAGAGGAUGAACCUGUUUUGUUGUAUAAAUAAAUUAAUGGUUGCGUUUCGUGGUGGGAAUAGGACUAGCCAGGUGUGUCUUGCGUGUAGCGUCUGUGACGGAUUUCUACGGUUCCUGUCAUGUUCUUUAUCAUGAUUUUAAUAUUAUUUUGUGCAAUCACUGUACGUUGUAAGACUGAUAUUUGUGAAAUAACAUGGGAUGCAUGUUUUGUACUUUAUAUGAAAUCAUAAAAAACUCUAUAAUGGAGUUUUUUUUCCAAUUUGAAUAAUAAUACUGUUUUUAUUCCUCAAAGGGAUUCCUAAGACAUUAUCCACAUGACAAACCGGUCCGGACCAAACGGACGGGUUUUGUAUGAGUUGCAUUGUUUUAAUUUCCUUCCAGCUCCUGCCUUGUAUAAACACAACUGUUCUUGUCAUUAAAGCUGACUUUGUCU